AAGAAACACAAGAUAGGAUUUUCCCUGAGUUGGAAAAGGAUGACGAUAAGUGUCACCUUGACGUUUGACACUUGAAUGACAGUAAUGUUGUAAAUAGUUAAAGGGAUGAAUAUUCUUCCAAAGAAAAGGUGGCAUGUGCGCUCCAAAGACAACAUCGCCCGGGUUCGCAGGGACGAGGCCAAGGCGGCUGAGGAGGAAAAAGCCCGCAAAGAUCGGGCAAAAUUGGCCGAACGCGAGGCCAGAACUGAACUAUUGAGGCAAAGGGCACGUGAACGUGUCCCCACGAAUGAUUUUAUUCCCCUCAGUAAGGAAGAAGCGCCUGCUCAGACCAGUCAUGUCAAUUUUUUCCAAGAGGUUGAGGAAGGUAUUGCUGACACUAAAACUACGAACAAAGAACACGAAAAGGAACAAAAGGAAGAGAAAGAAAAGUACGAGAAACAAAUCGGUUACUUGACUUAUCUGGGGCAGGACACUAACGAGGCUUUAGGGAAGAAAAAUUGGUAUGACGAGCUACCAGACAGGUUCAGGAAUGAUAAAACCGAAGUGGGGCUUAAAAGUAAACUUCGGGAAGAUCCCUUAAGUGUGAUGAAGAAAUUUCUGGGGGAUUCUGGUGUGGGUGUGAAGAAGAGUGAAGAGCCGGUGCAUAAAGCCGUAGCCUUGACGCUCAAGACGAUUGAGAAAAAGGCGAAAAAACGGGCAAGGAGUAGCAGUGAAGAGAGUAGAAAAAGUAAGAAGAAGCACAAAAAGAAGAAGAAGAAGCGGAAGAAACGCUCCAGUGGUGAGUCGGAUUCGGAAGAAGAGAGAGUCGAUUUUGAGAAGAAGCGGAAGUUGGAACUUUUGAGGAUGGAAAGGUUGAAACGUGAGAGGGAAGAGAGAAAGAGAACUGAAGGGCUUUUGGCCAAAUUACGCGGGGAAAAGACGGAGGAAGAAAAAGAGAAGCCUCAAACUGGGGGCAAAAAGUACAAUAAUCAGUUCAAUCCAGAACUGGCAAGGCAGAAUUAUAAAUAAAGAUCUUAAAAUCCAA